GGGUGGGUGCGCGCGCGAUACGAUGCGCUGCUUCCGUUGACUGGGCUAUACUGUAUGUCUCGAGCGACGGCCAAGAAAUCAGUCGCAGCUGGUGUUGAGUGUACAUGUGCUCCUGAUUUCCAAUUUUAUCCCGUCGAAACACGACGUUCAGUAGAGUUAAAUGUAUGUAUACUAAGGAUUAAUCACUUGAGCAUGAUGGAUGCAACAACGAUACAAAUUAUGCGGCGCGCGAUGUCCGCGCGUAAUCGCUUUCAUGUGGGAUGAGCAUGAUGUACCGGCUAAUUGCUGCCGCAACGCGUAGAUUUUUAUCAUACAGUAUACCAAAACGAUUCAGCAUGCCCGGCAGCUAUUGUCCCUGAUUUUAAUCGCUACUGUCUGCUUUUCCUGUCGACCUUUCAGCGUGAUUGCGCAAUGUGUACCUACCAUUUUCUCGAUUCAUAUACUAGCUGCAAAUAUAUGCCAGCGCCCUUGAAAUAAUAUUAUUUCUGCGCAAAUUACAUUUCAUAUUAUUGUGUUGUUGCGUAUUGAAUUAGGUUUUGGUGGCGUUAUGCUCAGAUUAACGUGCAUGUGAUGGUAAUCAGGAAUCCCAUCCUGCGUCAAUCGGGGUCGAACAUAAUGACCCGAGCGGAUUUGUGGGGCUUAAUUGCGGAUUAUUCUCACACAUUUUGACCGACUGCCAGUAAAGUUAUUUAUAGCUGGAAUUUGGAUUUUCCCGGUUUUCUUGAUUGUUCGCACUGGGUACUAUAGAACCGCGCCAAGAUGAGCCUGACCGGUGCCAAUCUGACCCAGUUGUUCAACUUCACCCUGCCGCCCGAUAUGCGCUUCAACGAGGGCCACCGGGUGCAGAUGAUCGGCUACGGGAUCCUCAUGUCCAUCUCCAGCCUCUUCAAUCUGACCGUCUUCUUCCUUCUAUGCCAACGGCCACGCCCCAUGUCCCGCACCACCAUCCUCCUGAUCAGUCUAACGGUCAGUGACCUUCUGGUGACCUUUCUCACCAUGCCGUUAGAGAUCGCCUGGGCGUACACGGUGCAGUGGCUUGCCAGUGAGGGCGUGUGUAAGGUCAUGAUGAUGGCGCGGAUCUUCGGAUUGUACUCGUCCUCCUUCAAUCUCGUGGCCAUCUCUAUUGAUCGCUUCUGUAUUAUCAUGUAUCCCUUCACCACCAUGACGUCGGCCAAUGACCGUGUAAAGUCCAUGGUGGCCGCGGUGUGGGUGCUCAGCGCCGUAUGCAGCCUUCCACAGGCGAUAGUAUUCCGAAAGCUAUAUCAUCCCUUCUUCACCACGUUUGCUCAGUGCGCCACGUUUGGAGCCUUUCCGACACCAGAACUGGAACUUCUAUACAAUGUGUUCGUGACGCUGAUGUUGUUUGUCAUUCCCCUGCUGCUUUUCAUUGUUUUUUAUGGGCGAUUGUGGUUCUACAUACGGGGGCGUCAUCUCAUGACAUCCCGUCCGGAUACACGCAGCCACAACGGAUCCGGUGGUGGUGCCGGCGAGCAGCAUUGCAGUACCGGCUAUUCGGCCGUGCCGCUCAGCGCGUCGGCGCUGACAGUACCGGAUAUGCAUUGUCCCACUCCUCCGCCGGGUCAGGCCGUCGGCAAUGCACGCCGCCAUAAAUGGCGAUCACGAAAGGAUCCAUCAUUUGAUAAUGCGAUGGUGGACUAUAAUCUCGGGCAGUCCAUGCGCUACGGAAACGCGCCCAACAUCUACAUGCGUGCCAAGAGUAAAAGCUUCAAAAUGGCGAUCACAUUAGUUAUUGUUUUCUUGGUGUGCUGGGUGCCCUAUUAUUUAGUCAGUUGCUGGUAUUGGUUCGACAAAGACUCACUGAUAUCGCUAGAUCCGCGGAUCCAGCGCGCUCUCUUCAUCUUCGCCGUCUCCCAGUCCUGCCUUAAUCCAAUUGUCACGGGAAUCUUUUCCCUGCGUUUAGAUCGACAUUUGACGGUAUUGUCCUGCUGCCGGAAGACAUUAGGGACACACAGACGGACGCCGCUGAAUGAUAAUCGUAAUGGUAAUAAUAUUAAUCUACCCACACCAGCCGGCUGGAUACAUACCAAUAAUCGAUUAUCCGUCCGCCGUCCGAUCAGCUGACAGUGUGUGAUGUAAUAUCCACAGCAGCACACAUCUUUGUGUGUACGAGUAUAUACGCGCGGGCCGCGGCGACGAGGGAAUAUAUUCGCCCAGGCUCACUUCCGGCCACUCACCGGCGGCUUCCUUGCCUGGGAUGCGAUAAUAUCACCGCUGGGAUGCCGAUGUUACGGAAAUGCCGAGAAAAACAUCGUACACUGUACCGGUUAGACGGAUCAAUGUGGACGCCACUGUCGACAGAAUGGCCAUGUGUACUUGCGCAAUCGCGACGCUUUUUUUUGCCGCGACCGGCGUGCCAUCUGGAGACAUCUCUCAUCACCGUGCAAUACCAGGCAAAAGCGUUAUAAAAAUGUAUAAGAAGAUGCUGAUGGACACCGUCGAGCGAGCAGCACCGUGAAUUACGCACUGCUUCCGGCUUUUUUGGAGGACACCCACAUUUAUGUUGACGGUCACUCCUCGGCGGCCGCGCGCGCCAUCACUGGAGUGUAAUUAAAACAUGUCAAGUGUUCCGCAACGGGACGCCCGUAAAAUGUUUUUCUAUGUCGGCCACUUGUCAGAGGCUUUUCCUCUCUCAUUUCUUUCUCUCUUCUCCAUAUAUCUGAUCUUUUAUGGCCGCGCCACUGCAUGUCUCAUCUGCUGGGUCCAUAAAUGCGGCCCGGGAUCUCAACGCCUCAGCUGGUUUCUACUAUGGGAUGUUUCUAUAUGCGAAAGAAGUUUUAAUAGCACUUGACGUGGGGCUGGCUGCACUGCUCACAGCGCAGAGAU